AGCCAACCUCGCCAAUCGGCCAUGCUCUCCCUCGCCCUGUCCCCGCUCUCGCUGAGCGGCCUCGCGCCGCGCUCGGCGGUCUCCUCGUCUCGCGUCGCCGCACCGCAGAUGGUGCAGAGCAAGUCGAUGCCCAUGAUGGAGGCGCCGGAGCACCUCCAGGGCAUGGUGGGCAAUGUCGACUUUGACCCGCUCGGCCUCUCCUCGCCCAACAACAUCAAGUGGAUGCGCGAGGCCGAGCUGAAGCACGGCCGCAUGAGCAUGCUUGCGUGGACGGGCUACGUGGCGGUCGACCUCGGGUUGAGGUUCCCGGGCGCGCGGUACGCCGAGCUCAACUCCUUCAACGCGCACGACGUCGUCGCUAAGAAGGAGCUCUUCCUGCUGCUCCUCUGGGUGGGCACCUUCGAGACGAUCGGCGCCUCGCAGAUCUACGACAUGUCCAUCGACCAGUCGGAGCGCAAGCCAGGCGACUUUGGCUUUGACCCGCUGCGGCUGCUCAAGUCGCCCGAGGCGCCAAAGUACUACGAGGCGGAGCUCGUCCACGGCCGCGCAGCGAUGCUCGCCUUCUCGGCCGUCGUGACGCAGUCCGCCCUCGGCAACACGGCUUUCCCCUACUUUUGAGGCCCCGGAGGCUGUCUGGCGUCGUUGUCACGCUAGUAGAUGUGGCCUCGAUGCCGGAGGGCGGCCCGCUUUCCGAAUCGGACAUCGGACAUGUGAGAGAUCGGCGGGAGCAGAGGGGUCUCUGUCAUUUUCUGCGUCUGUGUGCGCGCGCGGCCGGGAGCGCCCUUGUCCGCUCCAUUGUUUCCAAGUCUAGUUGGUGAAAAACGCGCGACACUCAGACC